AGUCGUGUUUUGGUUGUGCCAGUGUCAACAUGAAGAUUUCUCGAGAUUUACUUUUUUGAUUAAAUAAUGGCAAAAGGAAGUAAAUAGUUGCAUCGAAAUGUUCUCACGAGUGACCUAUAUUAGGUUCUUUAGCAUAUGUGUUAUAGUUUGUUUUAUCAUUAGUUGUUUUAUCAGUGUUAUUCCCAUUUCACUAGAGUCAUGCAAUUGUGAUAACUUUGAGGAUAAGUCCAGUUUCCUGCACACUCUGGAUGCAGGGUCGAGUGCAGGAGAUCCGGGAGUGUCCGGAAGGAAGAGACUGGCUGUUCUGGUGCCAUUUAGGGAUCGUUUCGAGGAACUGCUGCAAUUUGCGCCGUACAUGACGGAGUUCCUGAAUCGUCAGAAGAUCCCUCAUAGGAUUUUUGUGCUCAAUCAAGUGGACAGGUUCCGCUUCAAUCGUGCCUCCCUCAUCAAUGUGGGAUUCCUGUAUACUAAGUCCCUCUUUGACUACAUCGCCAUGCACGAUGUUGACUUGCUGCCCAUUAACAGUAACUUGAGUUAUGGUUUUCCGGAGAGAGGGCCAUUCCACGUGGCCUCUCCUCAGCUCCAUCCAAAGUAUCACUAUCCCACCUUCGUGGGAGGCAUCCUGCUGCUCAGGCGGGAGCACUUCGAGGCCACCAGAGGCAUGUCCAAUCGCUACUGGGGCUGGGGCCUCGAGGAUGAUGAAUUCUACACGCGCAUCCUCGAUGCUGGACUCAAGGUCUUCCGCCCGGAGAACAUCACAACGGGCACUGAAGACACCUUCAGACACAUCCACGAUCGUGCCCAUCGCAAGAGGGACAUGGCCAAGUGCUUCAAUCAGCGAGAAGUGACGAGAAAGCGUGACCGGGAGACUGGCCUGCACACGCUCAAAUACGACAUUUCAUCCGUCAAUGAGCUGCAAAUUGACGGAGCGAGAGUCACGGUACUGAACAUUGCUCUCCAGUGCGAUCGCACCAAGACGCCCUGGUGCGACUGCGAUGGAGGAUCGGAGGCGUCGAAGGGCUCCAGCAGUCCCAAGAAGCACUAAAAAGGUACCUAGUUUAUUUUUCACUUCAUCUCAGUCUCUCAUAACUCAAUCAGGUUCUAUCAGGAAAUUAUGGAAAAUAGUUCAGGAUCGGAAUGCUUUCGGGGAUUCUUUCUUUAAAUGAAAUACUCAUAUUUAUGAACAAAAUAUGGAAAGAAAGAAAAAUUUGGUGCAACGGACUUUUUUUCUAUUUGUUUUGCAAAGGAAACUUACGAAAUUGUUUUUUGUCAUAAUUUCUCAUUGCUUACACUUACACAUUUCCGGUGCUUGUUUAUUAGUUUUUCUUUUUAAUUUAUUGUGCACGCAAUUUACUCAAUUUUUAAUUAGCGGUAAUUGCGUGAAAUAAUUAACGAUCGGAAAAACAACAUGAAGCAUAUGCAUCAUACAUUUCAGGGCUCUUUCGGGACCGCAGCAUAUGCAGCAAGCCAAUUUCACGAUUUUUUAAUCAAAAAUAUCUACGCUCAGGAAUUAAUUGAGGUGCUACCAAAAAUAUCUUACAUUUGGACAUUCUUUAAAUUUUUUAGUCAUCCACAGGAAUAGGACUUUUAUCAGUUAUGAAUAAUUAAAAAUCAUACUUUUUCACAAAAUAUUCAUAUGCUGCUUUGGGUACUCAGAGUCCCAAAAGAGACGAAAGAGUUAACGAUGUUUCGAUCAAAAAUAUCUCAGCUCGGGAAUUAAUAGGGAUUCUACAAAAAAUAUCCUCGAUUUAGACAUCCUUAUGGUUUGUAAUCAUCCAGAAGGAUCGGAUUUUUGUUGAUUCUAAAUAGUCAAAACAAAAAAUUGGUCUUCCUAGAGAGUAUAGGGGAAAGCGGGCUUCCUUCGGACAAGAUUUUUUUUAAAUGUUCUUAAUGGAUUUUACCAGUAGCACUUUUCUGGAAAUUUGAGACAUUAGACCAGUUAUUAAAAUAUAAUAUUAUAAUGAGACAAAUUCAUAAAAAAAGUCAAGUGUGAUGAAUUUCUCACUCCUCAAAUUUGAAGGAUAUUUUCAAAAAUGUAACGGAAAUCAUGUGAAAUGCACCUUCCUUAAAUUAAGAUAAUCAAUUUUAGAGAAUAUAUCAGUGCUAUCAGUGUAAUUUAUUGUGAAAUGAAUGGAAUUUGUUGCGGAAGUUAAUAUAAUACGAUAAUAUCGAGGAAAAACCAGAGAAAAAUGGUUCUAAUUCAGACACCACGCAAAACUUUCUUCACAUAACCUCAAAUUUUACAUUUUGAACUCAACCGUCGUUCAAAUUUGAGGAACUCGAUUGUGUUCUUUUUCGGAAAUUUUCUGGAUGCAUACAAGAUUAAUGUAUAGACUUAAAUUUGUCCAUAAUUUACCAUAAAACCAUCUUAAAGUUGAAUAUUGUUCAUGAACAGGGUAUUUUUAAAAAUCAAUACACUCAAUCCCGGAAUUAUGCACAUUUUUAGGAUCGAAAAAAAAACGCGCGAAAUGGUCGUAGAAGGAAUUUCACGCGGAGUAAAAAUAGACAGAGCAAAAAGAUCCAACUGUUUAAAAGAAAUUCAUCAACAAACAGUACUUUUUGGCCAGAGUUCUUCACUAAAUUAUUAGAAUAUUAAGAAAUUUUACUUUAAUAAAAGAAACUAGUUUUAUACUGAAAAAUAAGCAUGAUGUCUUCAAAUUUCCUGCGUCACAAAGUAGUAUACAUUCAGACAUAUUUCAAAAAUUGACUCUCAAAAGGAGGCAAAUUUGCAUAAUUAUAUGUGCAAAUCUCGUCAGGUGCGUAAUCCCGAAGUGCAUAAUGUCGGGACUGAAUGUAAUAUUUUAUUAUUUGACCUUGAAUAAUUCAAGAUGGCGAUUUAACCGAUGAAAGCUGUCGAUGGACGAAUGUUCAGUCGGACUUAUUCAAAAAUGAAUGAAAUCGUCAGGGCCAAUUUUGAGGAAAACUAGGAAACCCCUAUAUUGGCGUGUUUUAGGGAGAUAGCAAACAAAAGAAGGGGAUGGGGAUAAAUAGAAAGAGAUUAACUUCGAGGUUAAUAGAAAAAAAAA